AUGGGAAAGGCAAGACUUGGGAUGAAGCAAGUGAUGUUCUGCUUGCUGGUUGGCACGCUUCCCUUGAGCGUGGACGCGUUCGUAUCAAAGACAGGCUUGCUAGGUCGUUCCCAGUCAACGAGGCAUCUGACGUGUAAUCGAGGUCAUCGCAAAGCACAGAAGUUGUUCUUGUUGGCCGAGGACAGUCGAGGCGAAAGACAGGAGAGGGCAAGAAAAUUGGCAGAUGAUGCCUGGAAAGCACUUGUAGUAGCAAGGGAGGCUGAAGCUAAGGCGUCGACGCUUCGUGCGGGGAGAUCGACACUGACUGAUGUAUCCUCUGAGAUACGAAUGAAGAAGCUCUUCGGGAGUUUUGCAGACACGCUCUACAAGAGCUGGGGAGCAGUGCUGACAGGUCGACCAGGAGAGGUUGAUCCUCUUGGUAUGAAUUCCAGAAUUUCUGAAACAAGUCAAGAUGACAAGGACUUCCGAAUCCGAUCGGUGUUCGAUAGACUUGAUCAGGACAUAAACGGAGGUGUCGACAAGCAGGAACUGUUGCAAGGGCUCAAGACAAUAAUGAAUUUCGAGGCCGAUAACACCAUCGAUGACUUGUUUGAUGAGGCGGAUGCGAACGGUGAUGGUCUCAUCCAGUAUGAAGAGUUCAGUCGAGUUGUAAACACAUACAUGGCAAAGAUGGAAAGUGUCGAGCUGGCCGAGCGAGCAUCGCAAGCACAGCAAUUAAGUCAAAGGUUUUCCAGAUCAUACGAUACCGUGUAUGCAGAACUCAACGAAAUCAAUCUGAUCGGAGACGCUAACGCGACUGUGCCUGCACUGGAUCGCCUGAAGCAAGAAGGGAAACUGCUGUGGUGGAACUCGGCUCCAAGGAUUUCCCAAGAUACCACGCCGCAACGAAUGCUUUCCGUCACCGGAAUGUCCGAUCCCGACAAACAGAUGGGCAUAUCCGUCGACUCGUUCAGCAAGUUUCGGUAUCAGGGAGUCGGCGUUCUCGGUAUCACAGGGGCCCUUUCUCUUAUUCUCGCCGGAUUCCCUGGUCCGUGGUUGUACCUGAUCCCACCGGACCUGUUGGCUGGUUACGGAUACAUCACAUUGAUCAUCAACAUCUUUGUGACAGUAUUUGGGAGGCAGCUGGAUGGCUUGAAUGAGAAGCGAAUCCUUGACCAAACCAGCAACAGUGGUGACAGGUGGGUUAGAAGAGAAGCGGGAAGGUUUAUCGGUGCUUACCUGUGCGGAUUACCCCUGGAGAGUAUCCUGCCGGACAGGAAUGGCUACAGCAUCGUCAAGGUGUUUUCGAAGCGCUCAGGCAACUUUGAUUUGGAGAAGCUACGAGCUUCUGUCAUGGGCGAUGGGUUCAUCCCUGAGGGGCUUACCAAACAAGAGAUGGACAGACAAUCCAUCGUCCAGAUGUUCGGGCCUGUUGCAGAGUACAUCAAGUAUGGAGAAGCCACAUUUGGAUACCGGUACUUUCGUCAGUUGGACCUCGAGCUGGAUCUUGCACAGAGUAUCCUUGAUAGGAGAGCUCGGCAGAUACAGGCCAGGUAUGGAAUCACCAUGUCCUUUCAGAUCAUCAAGCAGCACGAAGAAGGAUUCGAAAAGGUUGUGGACGCUUUUAAAAGAGGAUGCCAACCAGCCGAGAUCAUUGCUAUUUUCGAAACAGCUUCUCUGUCCCAGAGAGUAGAAUAG